AUGGGUGACAGCACGAUUGGUUCGGUUAGCUUCCUGCAUCUCGGGGACAUCGUGUCCCUGUACUCGGAGGGCAGUGUGUCCGGGUUUCUGAGCACGCUCGGCCUGGUCGAUGAUCGCGUGGUCGUGUGUCCUGGGGCGGGCGAUCUCAACGAUCCGCCCGAGAAGUUCCGUGACUGCCUCAUCAAGAUAUGUCCCAUGAACCGCUACUCAGCCCAAAAGCAGUUCUGGAAAGCGGCCAAACAGAGCACCACAACGAACACCGACACGAGUCUGCUGAAGCGGUUACACCAUGCGGCAGAAAUUGAAAAGAAGCAGAAUGAGUCCGAAAACAAGAAGCUUCUGGGGACGGUCGUGCAGUACGGCAGCGUUGUUCAGCUGCUGCACCUCAAGUCAAAUAAGUACGUCACGGUGAACAUCCGAUUGCCGGCGUUGCUGGAGAAGAAUGCGAUGCGGGUGUAUUUGGACGCGAACGGAAACGAAGGUUCCUGGUUCUACAUCAUGCCGUUUUACAAGCUGCGGUCGGCCGGUGACAACGUGGUCGUCAGUGAUAAAGUCAUCCUGAAGCCGGUCAACGCCAACCGACAAAAUCUUCACGUAGCUGCAACGUACGAACUGCCGGACAACCCGGGCAGCAAGGAGGUGAACGUGCUCAAUUCGUCCACCUCGUGGAAGAUCACUCUGUUCAUGGAGCAGCGUGAGAAUCAAGAAGACGUGCUAAAGGGCGGUGAUGUUGUGCGGCUGUUCCACGCGGAACAGGAGAAGUUCCUCACGAUGGACGAGUACAAGAAGCAGCAGCACGUGUUCCUGCGAACAACGGGUCGAAGCAGUGCGACAGCCGCCACUAGCAGCAAAGCACUCUGGGAAGUGGAAGUGGUCCAACAUGACAGCUGCCGAGGAGGAGCUGGCCACUGGAACUCGCUCUUUCGCUUCAAGCACCUCGCCACCGGGUACUACCUGGCGGCUGAGAUCGACGAGGACAUCUCGCGGACGGAGAAAUCGAGCAGCUCGAGUCAUCCGGCCGGAGGCGACUCCUUUCGCUUGGUACCAGUACCCCACUCAACGGACAUCGCAUCGGUGUUCGAGCUGGACUCGACUACGAUCACGCGACCGGAGGGCCUGGUACCGCAGUCGAGUUACGUUCGGUUGCGACACCUCUGCUCGAACACCUGGGUACACGCGACCUCGGUACCGAUCGACAUCGAUGACGACAAACCGGUCAUGUCGAAGGUUGGCUGCUCGGCGAUCAAGGAAGACAAGGAAGCGUUCCAGCUGAUCCCGGUGUCACCGGUGGAGGUGCGUGAUCUUGACUUCGCAAACGACGCCUGCAAGCUGCUGCUUGCGAUGAGCACAAAGCUCGAGAAUGGUACGAUCUCGUCGAACGAGCGGCGAUCGCUAAUCGCACUGCUGCAGGACAUCGUGUUCUUCAUCGCGGGGCAAGAGAACGAUCAGAACAAGUCGGACGCACUCGAGCUGACGAUCAACAAUCCGAACCGAGAUCGGCAGAAACUGCUGCGUGAGCAGUACAUCCUAAAGCAGCUGUUCAAGAUACUUCAGGGGCCGUUCCAGGAGGUGAAAGGCGCUGAUGGGCCAUUCCUGAAGAUCGACGAACUGGGUGAUCCGAAGAACGCACCGUUCAAGAACAUCUUCCGGCUGUGCUAUCGCAUACUGAAACUCAGCCAGCAGGACUACCGAAAGAACCAGGAGUACAUCGCGAAACAUUUCGGAUUGAUGCAGAAGCAGAUUGGAUAUGACAUCCUGGCGGAGGACACGAUCACCGCGCUGUUGCACAACAACCGGAAGCUGCUCGAGAAGCACAUCACGGCGGCGGAAAUCGAAACGUUCGUUGGGCUAGUGCGUAAGAAUAUGCAGAGUUGGCAGUCACGCUUUCUCGACUACCUGUCCGAUUUGUGCGUUUCGAACAAGAAGGCGAUCGCUGUCACGCAGGAGCUGAUCUGCAAGAGCGUGUUGAGUGCGAAAAAUGCCGACAUCCUGAUUGAGACGUUCUUGCGUGAGGUAGACGACGACCCGCUCGGAUACCUUAGUGAGCUGGAACGCGGCAAUCGGGAGUUCACGGAGAUUCGUGAGGUUGAUGAGUCUAGUUCCGCGGGUCCUGCUGGCGAUGGCGAGCCAAAGGGAGCAGGUUCUAGCGGAAAACGGAAGCUGGACGAGAAGAAACGCUACGAGGUCGUGCUGAUGUGGCAGAACCGAACGCAAUCGAAAUCUAUGAGCCGGUUAGCGCAGGGACUGAAAAUAGGGCGCGCCGUUGAUACAGCCAUCCUCGACUACUACCGGCACCAGUUGAACCUGUUCUCGAACAUGUGCCUCAACCGACAGUACUUGGCGCUAAACAACCUGUCGCCACACUUAGACAUCGAUCUGAUACUGCGUUGCAUGUCCGACAAAACCGUACCGUAUGAUCUGCGGGCGUCGUUCUGUCGGCUGAUGCUUCACUUGCACGUCGAUCGCGACCCACAAGAACCGGUCACGCCUGUCAAGUACGCCCGGCUGUGGUCCGAGAUACCUACCGUCAUGUCGAUUAACGAUUACGACAUCGAGAAGCAACCGGACAGCAACAAGGAGGCGGUGCGGGCGCGAUUCAACAAGACCAUCGCCUUCGUGGAGGACUACCUGUGCAAUCACGUGGUCUCGAAGAUGUGGUUUGCCGAUCAGGACCAGAACAAGCUCACGUUUGAGGUGGUGAAGCUGGCGCGAGAUCUGAUCUACUUCGGGUUCUACAGCUUCAGCGAUCUGCUGCGGCUGACGAAGACGCUACUGAACAUACUGGACUGCGUGUCGAACAGCGAGGCAGAUGGAACUGGCCUACCGACGGGACAUAUCGACUCUGAUGGAAAGGAAGCGGCAUUGCCGGGGAUUUCAAUACAGGACGAGGUAGUCGUACCUGCUGUGUCUAGCAAAGAUGGAGGUGCACGUAAGGAUUCCGAUGCCGAUGGUGGUGGAACCGGUCCUGGAAGCAUGUUGACGAGUGAGUUCGGAAUGCCGCAGAAGUUGAAUCGCUCCGCGUCAACCGUGGCCGUGCUGGCCGCCAUUGAAGCAACAAAAGCUUCGUCUAAGCUCCGGUCCGGUAGCAUACCGGAAGCGAACACCACCGGGCCUGUGAAUGAUGGUGCGGCCCGGGGUGUUGGAGCGGAGGGAGGCGUGCUGCGCCGCAUCGGUGACAUGGGUGCGGUAAUGACAUCUCUCACACUCGGUCCAAUAUCGACCGCGAUCGUGUCACCCACGAUACAACACCGCAAGUCAGUGUCGCAGCUCAUGAAGGAAUACCCACUGGUGAUGGACACCAAGCUGAAGAUCAUCGAAAUCCUGCAGUUCAUCCUGGACGUGCGUCUCGACUAUCGCAUCAGCUGUCUGCUGUCGAUAUUCAAGCGUGAGUUUGACGAAAACGAGCAAACGUCCGCGACGAUCACGACGGCCCUUGCGGCAGGUCCACCAACUGUCAUCCUGCCUGACACAGACCGAACCAUGGCCGGAUCGGCAUCAUCGUUGUCCAGCGAUCCUUCGCCGACGGUUUCGGUGGUGGCCCCAGCAGAUAGUACGACAUUGGACGCGAACAGCAGUACUAGCGGGGACACCAUCUCCGACGUGUCACUGACAUUGAGCAGCACCACGACGACUUCGGUAACGACGCUGGACUCUACGUCCGAGGGUCACGGGACGAUGUCAAGCGAUGGUAGUUCGUCAGGGCACGCAGGAAACGCAUUCAGUCGUCCCUCAAAUCCGGACGCACCGACGGCGGAGAAUAUAAACCUGCGCCAGAAGAACAUCGAUCUCGAGUCGAUUGGUUACCAGGCGGAGGGCAUCUUCGGCUGCACCGAGGACACGUACAACCCACUCGACCUUGAUGGGCAGGGUGGCCGGACGUUCCUGCGUGUGUUACUGCACCUGAUCAUGCAUGAGUACCCGGCGCUGGUGUCUGGUGCGUUGCAUCUGCUCUUCCGGCACUUCAGCCAGCGCCAUGAGGUGCUGCAUGCGUUCCGUCAGGUGCAGCUGCUCGUGUCCGAUAGUGACGUUGAGUCGUACAAACAGAUCAAAUCUGAUCUCGAUGUGUUACGGCAGAGUGUGGAGAAGUCCGAGUUGUGGGUGUACAAGUCGAAGCAAACGGAUGACCUGCUAGCAGGAGGUGGUGAAGGAACCGAACAGGCUGAUGCAGGUGGAACUGGUGGUAAGGGUGGCAACGAACAAGGAGAAGGAGCGGGUGGAGGGGGUUCUGGUGGUGGUGGAGGCAAGACCGGAUCAGCCAGUGCCAAGGGCAAACCGGAGCUGGUGAAGCAAGAGUCGCAACUCAACUUUGACCAGGGUCCGGAACUGAACCCUGAGCAGGCGCAGGAGUACAAGAAGAUCCAGCAGAUCUUGAUACGCAUGAACAAGCUGUGCAUUACGGCGACAGGACCGGAUGGGUUUGUGAAGCCCCGCAAGCAUGAACAACGUCUGUUGCGUAACGUCGGUGUCCACACGGUCGUACUGGAUCUGCUGCAGAUUCCCUACGACGAGAAGGAUGACUAUCGCAUGAACGAGCUGAUGCGGUUGGCGCACGAGUUCCUGCAGAACUUCUGUCUCGGCAAUCAGCAGAACCAGAUUCUGCUGCACAAACAGCUGGACCUGUUCCUGAACCCCGGGAUCCUUGAAGCGGAGACGGUGUGUGGCAUCUUCAAGGACAACCUGAAUCUCUGCAACGAGGUCAGCGAUAAGGUGGUGCAGCACUUUGUACACUGUGUCGAGAUUCACGGCCGGCACGUGGAGUACCUGAAGUUCCUACAGACGAUCAUCAAGGCGGAGAACCAGUUCAUCCGCAAGUGUCAGGAUAUGGUGAUGCAGGAGCUGGUCAACGCCGGCGAGGAGGUGUUGGUGUUCUACAACGACAAGGCAUCGUUCAACUACUUCGUCGAGCAGAUGCGUUCGUACAGCGCAGGCACACUGGUCGAUCCGAGCCCGCUCAUGUACCACAUCGAGCUGGUGAAGCUGCUGGCCUGCUGCACGAUGGGCAAGAACGUGUACACCGAGAUCAAGUGCAACAGCCUGCUGGCGCUGGAUGACAUCGUCGCGAUGAUAUCGCACCCGGACUGCAUCCCGGAGGUGAAGGUGGCGUACGUGGACUUCCUGUGCCAUUGCUACAUCGACACGGAGGUCGAGGUGAAGGAGAUCUACUCGUCCAACCACAUGUGGUGCCUGUUCGAGAAGUCGUUCCUGAUCGACAUCAACAACGUGGUAAAGGGCGGUCCGUUCACCAACCGGCAGCUGGAGAACUACGUCUGCAACGAGGUGAUGAACAUACUGACGACCUUCUUCAACAGUCAGUUCUCCGACCAAAGCACGGCACUGCAGAAACGGCAGCUGAUUUUCGUGAAGAUCCUUCAGAACUCGUUCAAGCUGACGCAAUGUAAGGGAUUGACACCUUCACAGCGUUUCAACGUGGAGAACUGCAUUCGAACGCUCUCGGAGAAAGCAAAACCGCGCGGUAUCGCCAUCCCGAUCGACCUCGAGAACCAGGUGGUGAAGAUGUUCAACAAGACGGCGAUGCUGUCCCGUCAGACGAGCAAGUGGUUGCUGGUUACGAAACAAACAAAGAUGGAACGUUCUCAGUCACAGAUCAUGCGCAUGGACCGCAGCAUCAUCGAGGGUCUGCAGGACAUCGUGUCCCUGCUAGAGGACAAACUAAAGCCGCUGGUCGAAGCAGAGCAGUCGCUGCUGGUGGACAUCCUGUACCGAUCAGAGUUGCUCUUCCCGCUCAACACAGAAUCGCGCAAAAAGUGCGAGACGGGUGACUUCAUCCGGCACCUGAUCGCACACACCGAGAAGCUGCUGGAGGAGAAGGAGGAGAAGCUGUGCGUGAAGAUACUGAAAACACUUAAGGAAAUGAUGACGAUUGACUGCGAGUACGGUGAUAAGGGUGAUCACCUACGGACGAUCUUGCUGAAGCGGUACUUCGGACACGACUUCACGCUGCAAGCGCCUCUGCCAGCCUUACCGGGUGCAGGAGGCCCAGUGGCCAGUGUCCACGCAGUACUGCAACCAGCCAGUAUGUCAGUUGUGGCUGGGCCACCUAUGGCUAGCGUAUCGCACGGUCCGGGAGCAAAAUAUCUGAUUCGGGCAGGGCGCACCCUACACGAAGUUCAGAACCACCUGGAUAAAGAAGGCGCGAGCGAUCUCGUGAUCGAGCUCGUGAUCAAAUCGAUCAACUCGCCGUCUAUCUUUGUGGAGGCGAUCGAGCUAGGCAUCGCACUACUCGAGGGUGGCAACCCGAUCAUCCAGAAGGGCAUGUACAACAAGUUCCUGAGCAACGAUCUGAGCCAGUCAUUCUUCAAGGUGUUUUUCGACAAGAUGAAGGACGCUCAGCAGGAGAUCAAGUCAACCGUGACGGUCAAUACGUCCGACAUGGCGGCGAACAAGGCGAGCGAAAGCAAAACGGAGGGCAAGGAUCUGGACAAGAUCGGUCAGCGCAAGAGCGUGAGCAAAGUGAACGGGAUCGUCAUCACGGAGGACUUCAAGGAAGAGCUCCAGAAUGCGGCACUCGUGACUCAGCAGUCGUACAUAAAUGCGCGCAAUCUCGCGGCGACCUCGGACGCAACCGGAUCGGACAACGGGGAUGAAAGUUCGCUCAUGAGUAUCGGCAGUUCAGCACUCGAGGACAUCCUGGCGGAGAAGCUCGAAAAGCACAAGGACAAGGACGAGCAGAACAAGCUGUCCAACAAGGUACUGGUGAUGCAACCGAUCCUGCGUUUUCUGCAGCUGCUGUGUGAGAACCACAACCCGGAGCUGCAGAACUUGCUGCGGAACCAGAACAACAAGACGAACUACAACCUCGUCUCGGAGACGUUGAUGUUCCUCGACUGCAUUUGUGGCUCGACGACGGGUGGACUCGGACUGCUCGGGUUGUACAUCAACGAGAACAACGUGUCGCUGAUCAAUCAGACGCUCGAGACGCUCACAGAGUACUGUCAGGGGCCAUGUCACGACAAUCAGAACUGCAUAGCGACGCACGAGUCGAACGGACUCGACAUCAUCACCGCUCUCAUCCUGAACGACAUCAACCCGCUAGGCAAGAACCGCAUGGACCUGGUGCUGGAGCUAAAGAACAACGCCUCUAAGCUACUGCUCGCGAUCAUGGAAUCACGUGGAGACAGCGAAAAUGCCGAGCGCAUUCUUGCCAACAUGAAUCCAAAGCAGCUGGUCGAGGUGGCGUGUAGAGCGUACCACCAGGACGAGAACAUCCUGAUGCUGCUCAAUCAGAGUGAAGGUGGUAGUGGUAGUGGCGGUGGAGGUGGAGUCGGAGGUGGAGGAACUGGUAGUACUGGGGAUGAUGGGUAUGGUAGCCUGCGGCACGAGCUUAGUGAUGACGGGCAUGAUGAUGACGAUGUGGGUGUCUCACCGAAGGAGGUUGGCCACAACAUCUACAUCCUGUGCCAUCAGCUAGCUCAGCACAACAAGGAACUGGCAGGAUUGCUGAAGAUCGAUAGUUACAGCGGAACAGCCAGCGCAGGCAGCAACAGCACCAGUACGACAAGCGCCAGCGCUAGCGCGAUCACAUUUCCGGGAGCUAAUCCGAGUAGUCUAGGAGGCGGAUCAUCCAGCACCGUUAGUGCCGCUGCAGCCAGUAAGGCGAACAGUAAGACAAACCAGGCGCUGUUGUACUAUCAGACGCACACGGCACAGAUUGAGAUUGUGCGGCAUGAUCGUACGCUUGAGCAGAUCGUAUUUCCGAUACCGGAGAUCUGUGAAUACCUCACGAAGGAUACGAAGGUGCGCGUGUUGAACACGGCCGAGCGAGAUGACCAGGGUAGCAAGGUGGCCGACUUCUUCGACCGACACGAUGCCAUGUUCAACGAGAUGAAAUGGCAGAAGAAGCUUCGCGGCCAACCGGCACUGUUCUGGGUCAGUAGCUACAUGUCACUGUGGAGCAACAUCCUGUUCAAUCUGGCCGUGCUGAUAAACCUGAUCGUAGCGUUCUUCUAUCCGUUCGAAAACGCUCUUCCUGAACUGAGCUUCCACCUGUCAUUGGUCAUUUGGAUCGUGAUGCUUGUUUCGCUAGCGAUCGUCAUAACGUUACCGCGGCAAUCGGGUAUCCGGACGUUCGUGGUGGCGCUCAUCCUGCGGCUCAUAUUCUCCUGCGGUCCUGAACCGACCUUGUGGCUGCUGGGCUGCAUCACCGUGGUUAUGAAAGGCGUUCACAUCAUCAGCCUGAUGGGCAAUUACGGUACACUCGAGAAGCACUUUGUGUCGAUCAUCACGGAUGCGGAGCUGCUGUAUCAUUUCUUCUAUCUGCUGUUUUGUGUGUUCGGUGUGCUGUUGCAUCCAUUUUUCUUCUCGAUUUUGCUGUUCGACGUGGUAUAUCGUGAAGAAACGCUCCUCAACGUGAUCCGUUCGGUGACUCGAAACGGUCGAUCGAUUAUACUCACCGCCGUGUUGGCGCUCAUCCUCGUGUACAUGUUCUCCAUCAUUGGGUACAUGUUCUUCCGGGACGAUUUCCUGGUGCAGGUGGACGAAGAGUACAGCGCCCCAUCGUCGGUUGGAAAUGGAGAUGGCGAUUGUGCUGGGGAACCCAUGGUUGGGCACAUGAUACCACCACCGGAAGUGCUGGAGCAAGUCGUGCAACAAACGUGUGCCAAACCUCCCGAAACCGCGGCGGCCGAGCUGCCCGAAUCAGAUGGUGAUAUGAAGGAACGUGGCUGCGACUCGAUGAUCAUGUGCAUCAUCACGACGCUCAACCAGGGCCUGAGAAAUGGUGGGGGCAUCGGAGACAUCCUACGGGCGCCAAGCCGCAAAGAGACGCUAUUCGUGCCACGUGUCGUGUACGACCUGCUGUUCUUCUUCAUCGUCAUCAUUAUCGUGCUGAACCUGAUCUUCGGUGUGAUCAUCGACACGUUCGCCGAUCUGAGAAGCGAGAAGCAGCAGAAGGAGCUGAUCCUCAAGAACACAUGCUUCAUCUGCGGCUUGAAUCGGUCCGCGUUCGACAACAAAACGGUCAGCUUCGAAGAGCACAUCAAGAAUGAGCACAACAUGUGGCACUACCUGUACUUCAUCGUGCUGGUGAAGGUGAAGGACCCCACCGAGUUCACUGGUCCUGAAAGCUACGUGCACGCCAUGGUUAAAGCAAACAUCCAGGACUGGUUCCCGCGGCUCAGGGCGAUGUCGUUGGCUGCGGUCGAUGGCGAUGGUGAGCAGAUCGAGCUGCGUAGCCUCAAGAAUCUGCUCGAAACGAACCACAUCGCGGUGCGGGAGCUAAUGACGCAGAUCAUGGAGUUGGAGAACAAGAUGACGGAGCAGCGCAAACAGCGGCAGAGGCAUGCCUUGCUCAACCCCACAACGUCAACGUCGUAUCAGUUCUAUCCGCAGCUCUGA